AGUAGUCCAGAUAUGGGAAAGUCAAACCCUCCUGUCAGUGUCAGAUCCGAAAUGUUGUAAAAUCCCUGUCGCAAAUGCCCACCACUUGCCACAAAGACCCCGCAGGCUUCAAAUGCGCGAAGGAGAAACUAUCACCGCAGAAAUCGACAGAGGCGGAACUAUGGCUGAACAUGAUGACCAGCAUGCUGAACUUCGCCAUGGCUUCCACGACCCUCAUGAAGAGCAUCCAGAACAGGGUGGAGGUGACCAAGAAGCUAGAGGACGAGGCUAGGGCCAUGAGGGCUGCGGAGUUCUUCAGGCAGGAGCUGGCCAAGUCGAUGCCCAACGACGCUUCUGAAGAUUUCUCCCUGAGAUCCGAACCGGUUAGGGAGGAUACUUGCGGGGAACACACCUGCACCCUACUCUUCAGAAAAAAAGAACCGGACGAGUGUGGACCUAGUUGUGACGGGAAGAAGUCUGCAGGACCCAAAAAAAUACCACUAUCAACGAAGAAGAGGAAACCUUGCCAAGAGAGUGUUGACACCAUAGGAGGCAGCUGUCUAUGCCUGAUCCCCUUGCCUGAAGAACCAAGUGAGGCAGACAUGGACAAAACCGACGAAGACACGUGUUCUUGCGCUCAAAUCAAAGCGUGUAUGGUUGACGACGAUGAGGAACCUUCCUGCGUUUGCAGCGACGAUGAGGUCAAGGAUGAGGGCACCAAGAUAAUAUGCGAACCUCAAGUGAUUUGUCGGGCUAACAUGUCCUUGGACGACCUUGAGAAAUCUGACGACUGCAGCUGUCCUUCCUUUGGCUGUAAAGAAGAUCAAGCUUCACCUGAAGAACCACCCGCAACCGAAGAAGAACCUGAAGCUGCAGCAGAAUGUAAAGGAGCAGUCGUGGAAGAGGAACCAUCCAUUAUAGAUUGUGGUUGCCAGACUACAUCUUCUCAAGAGCUGAUGAUCAAAGAGCUCCAGUUUGCCAAUCUGGCCUACCAGCUGAGGCAGACCGACAAGAAUUUGAAAGAACUGAAGAGGGAGAUGGAUCGUAUCAAUAAUUUUGUAGGAGGAAAGAAGAAAUGCUCGUAUGCCACUGCUGCAGCUCUGUACGAAGAGAUAAUGAAGCCCAGGACGCCAAUAGAUGAUGUUUCCAGGAGCAGCAGUCGAAGAAGAAGAAGAUAGCUGGGUGCAACUGCCACGUUAACCAUAGGGAUGUUUGGAUUUUAGGUAUAAUGAAGCCAAUCGGUUGAGCACGUUGGUAAUGAUAUAUAGUGUGACACAUAAUAACUGAGGGAACAAAAACGAAUAAAAUCUUUUCUUCAAUUA